GGUGUGAAUGCUGAAAGCAUUCACAUCAUAGAAAUGCUACAUAUUUGGUGUGAAUGCUGUAAGCAUUCACAUCUUAGAAAUGCUACAUAUUUAAUUUUAUAUGAGUAAGAUAAAUUAAUGAAUUAGGUUUAAUGAACGUGCCUCGUUGAAUUUAACAAGCUUGGUGUUUUGGUGUUUAACGCCAUAGGUUAUCGGCUUUGUCAUAUCUGUCUGGGCGUGAUGCAUCUCUGGUCAGUGAUUAAAAGUUAAUAUAAAACCAGUCCCUUUGAUAACUUAAGUAAUGUAUUAAUAACAACAAAAAGUGUUUCGAUUGCAGUUUGGCUUCAAAAAGGCUCCUUAGAAUAUAUGCCUUUCCCCUAGCAAGAGGAACCAAGUUAAAGCAGAAAAGGAAACAACUUACGGCAGCUCAGCUGCCCGCACGUCAUUAUGGCAAAGAGUUCACUGGGUUUGCAGUACAAUUUCUAAAUUACUGAAGUGCUCUAUUAAGGUAAUGAAUCUGCAUAUGGGUUUGGAUAAAUGACACUUUAUAAACAACUCAUUAACUUGCACAGUUGAAUAUCUACUGUGCCUGUUUAGAUUAUAAAGAUGAAGGCAUGACAUGAAUGCAUCACAGCAUUCCGUUCACAGGAACCAAGAACCAAUCAUUUUGGGGGUAUAACAUGUUCAUGUAUAAAAUAAAGAAGGAGAUAAAUUCUGAAGGUGGAUAUAUUCCCCCUGGCGGGCGCUGGCUACAGCUCUGGCCUUUGCUUACGUCCAUGUAUUAUAUAUUUAUGAAUCGCAAUUAAAAAAAUCACUCUAUCAAUGUGCACGCUUUCUGAUGAUGCGAUGUGAUGGUGUCCUCUGCUUCGACCCUGACGUUUUACCAGAGGAACCGCACAAUGACCACUAGGGAGGGGGGGAGGUAAUGGUGGUGGCAGGGGGAGAUCCCGGGGUUUAAGUACCACGGCUGUGCCACAGAAUGGACUAGAGUUGCUGAGAUGAGAAACCCUUGAAACUCUGGGAGAGGGGGAGGGGCCUGAGGUGAAAGUUCUAAAAAGAGACGUUUGAAUUUUGAACAACUCGUGAGCGCCAUGAACCAAUUGCCAAAUACCAGUGGAAAGAGAUGACAACUGUUGACCUCUCACUUCCCUAACCCAAUAAGGGAAAGUUCAGUUCUUUAAAAUUGUACUCUACUUUGCAUCCUCCUUUACAACACAAAGAGAGGCACAUUUAAACCAGACACAUCCUUCUGAUUGCUUCGAGAAAAAUUACCAAAAUAUGUAAGUGUUUCACUCAUAAUCUACCUUUAAUUGUUAGCAGAUAAUCAAAUUCAAAGGCAUUGAACAUAUUCUUAUGUUAACCAUGUGCUUAUGUUUUCAAUUUACUUUAGUCACAACAUGUAAUGAAAACAUUUAGGCUUUUUAUUGAUUUAUUUUGGUGUAAUGUAACGAAUAGCAAUGACUUGAGUUUUGAUCCUGUUGCUAUAUGAUGUCUUGUACUGGUGAUAUAUUAAUUGUAUGCUUUGAUUGUUCUCAGCCUCACCUCACACACACACACGGACGGACGGACGGACGGACGGACGGACAAGGUUAUUAUCUGGAUUAAUAAUUCACUCUAACAAUGGUUGCCUCAAAACAUCUAGUUUCUUCCUUUAUAUACGAUUAAUAUGCAAAUCAAAAUGCAAAAAAAAUCUUUUAUGUUUAUGUGGGAUUUUUAUGUUUUGUGGAUUUAAACAAAAAAUAAAAUGGGUUUUCUGAUUUGGAGAAAAGUCUUUCAAACAGCAUUCAUUCAAACAUAUGUUGUGGUAUACUCAUGACAACAGGCAGAUUAGCAUAUUAAUGACUAACUUUGUGAGUGAGGAUGUAUAUAGUAAGAUAAAUGUUCAUGAAAUAUCCGUCGCAAAGCGUACAGGUUGAUAUGCCUCAAUGACAGUAUUUCAAUAACAAAUUGUAGUGACCCUUUUCUGUUCAUCUUUCUGUGUCUGUUUGACAGUGUUUUUGGAUUGGCUGUUUACACGUGAACGUUCUGUGGCACAAAAUUAUCCCAACCAAAGGCGGAAAAAUGGAAAUGUGCUUCUGUUCAUUGGGAAUCUUUACUUUUUUUUUUACUCUGAACGGUUUAUUUUUUCCAACUGCUGGUUAUGUGCUGAAGGACUGCUGGAUCACACGGCACACACAGGCCAUCUGUAAGCCCAUUGGUAGAACUUUAAAUGUGUUUCCAAAGGACAUUCCAGCAAGGGUGACGACUAUGGACUUGUCCGUAAAUAAAAUUUCAAAACUAAAUAAUACAGAUUUGGAAGAUUUACCAAAUCUGUUGCACAUAGACCUGACAGAAAAUCGGAUCUCCGAGAUAGAAUCUGGCACUUUUGUGGGCCAAAUUUCUCUAGAGGUUUUGAUUUUAAACAAAAAUAAGCUUAGAAAACUGAAGAAGGGUAUAUUUGAUGGCUUAGUUAAACUCACAAUGCUUGGACUUACUCACAAUGAGAUUGAAACAGUAGCACCCACCUCUUGUAAGUCUCUGACCAAUCUAAAGUUUUUGGAUCUAGGCCAUAACAAACUGCACAACUUAACAAAUUAUCAGCAAAUCUUACAGCAAAUGCCACAUUUACAGACCCUUCACGUUGGAGCAAACAAUAUAUCCACUUUUAAUUCGUGGGAGCUGUCAAAUAAGCCUACAGAACUUGUUACACUUGAUUUGUCUCAAAAUGAGCUUUUGGUCUUUGUGCUCACUGCCGAUAUCUUUCCCAAACUCACAAAGUUGGGCCUUAAUGAUGGUAUAAAGAAUGGUAUCGUCUGGGAGAUGAAUGACACAUCACACCUUAUUGGCAUUUCUGAACUAGAUAUCAGUAGGGUUCACUCCUCAUUACACGGACUGCAGGAAGUUCUGGAGACAUUUAACUCCUCACUGAUGAAUCUGACGUUAAACCAUAUGAAAAAAAACCUGGAAAUUCUCAUAAGUAUUUCCUGCAAAAUCCCAUCGCUGACCUCUCUUACAGUCCAACAUAAUAGCAUCAGGGUUAUUAAUUCAGACAUGCUGCACUUGUGCUCCAAUGUGAAUGAGUUGGACUUGGGGCACAACAAGAUAACUAACAUAUCUGACAAAUCAUUUCAAUCUCUUAAGCAGCUUCAAAUUUUAGUCCUUAUGUUCAACAGUCUCUCAUCUGUCCCAUAUGCCAUCAGGAAUGUAUCAACACUCUUUAAACUGGAUCUCAGCUUCAAUCGCAUGCGUGUGCAUGACUGUGAGGAUUUUGCCAACAUGACAAGUCUCAGAAUUCUCUUUCUAAACAAUAAUCCUUUAGGUGCUCUAAAGGACUGUGUUUUCAGAGAUUUAGUCCAUUUAAAAAACUUGCAGUUGUCAAACUGCAGUAUUCGUAAAUUAAACGGUGCGUUCAUCAACACCAUGCCAAAUCUCCAAGUGCUCAAUUUGUCAAAUAAUCAACUCACUGUUCUAGAUCAGGGAGAAUUUAAAGCUUUGAAAUCCCUUCAAAAUCUGACAUUAGAUGGGAAUAAAUUAAGCAAGUUAAAAAGUGGUGCAUUUCAUGGACUGUCCAAUCUUAGAUACCUUACACUUCAGUCAAAUAAACUCAAAGAAACUCAAAUCAAAAACAAUGUUUUUCGUGACUUGAAGGGAUUAAAGUCAUUGAAUUUGAUGAGCAAUCACAUUAAAUAUAAAUCAGCUGAGUUGAUUCCCAAGGCACCAUUUGCUGAGCUUUCAAAACUAGAUACAUUGAUUCUUUCAGGGCAACACGGUCGAUUUGGAGCAUACCUCCCUCAAAAUCUUCUAAAAGGCCUGACAAAUUUGUCAACACUCAAUAUCAGAAGUUCCCAUCUUAUGUAUAUGCACCCACAUACCUUCAACUAUACACCCAAUCUGAAAGUGCUUUCCUUGAGUUCAAAUGAUAUUGCUGACUUUGUUCAUGGUCUGUUUUCUCCGAUUCAAGAACUAAAAAGUCUCAAAAUCUCACAUGCAAGUCUGCAGUCUCUAGAUUUUCUGCUGCUUGCUAACCUUACAGAGCUGAAGUUCUUGCAGGUGAGACAUAAUGCCUUUUCGGGGAUUAGAGAAACUGUGUUACAGUCUCUGCCAGCACUUGAAUACCUGGAUAUGAAGGGUAAUAGCUUCAGCUGUGACUGUGACAAGGCGUGGUUCCUCCAAUGGGUAAUCACCAACAAGCAAACACAAGUGUUUGAUGCGUACAACUUUGAAUGCAACUCCCCUCCAAACCUUAAAGGGAAAAAACUGUUGGACAUUGACAUUCGAUCUUGUGCAGUAGACAUGGGCUUCAUCUGUUAUAUUUCCACGGCAUGUGCGGCCAUCAUGACCAUAGCAGUCUCCUUCACCCACCAUUUCCUGCAAUGGCAUCUGGUCUACGGGUACUACCUCAUGCUUGCGUUCCUCUACAACUCAAAGCACAAGGACAAGCGUGCUCAUCAAUAUGACGCCUUCGUCUCCUACAACGCAAACGAUGAGGGCUGGGUGCUGGGGGAGCUGCUGCCCAAGCUGGAGGACGAGCAGGGCUGGACACUGUGUCUGCACCACCGAGACUUCCAGCCAGGAAAGUCCAUCAUGGACAACAUAACAGACGCCAUCUAUGGCAGCCGGAAGACCAUCUGCGUAGUCAGUCGGGAUUACCUGAAGAGUGAAUGGUGCUCCAGAGAGAUCCAGUUAGCCAGCUUCCGUCUGUUUGACGAGCAGAAGGACGUGCUGAUCCUGGUGUUCCUGGAGGACAUACCCAUGCAGCAGCUGUCUCCGUACUACCGCAUGAGGAGGCUCCUGAAGAGACAAACCUACCUGAGCUGGUCCCGCGCAGACGCACACCCAGACCUGUUCUGGGAGAAGCUCCGGCAGGCCCUGGACACCCAGGAGCACCCAAUGGGUGAGCAUCUACGGCUCACCGUGGAGGACGGCCCCACUGGAGAGAGACCAGACCAGUAAAAGGUUUAAAAAGGCUGGAGGGGGUGGGGGGGGGUGAGACCCUAGACUCAUUGGCAAAUUCUUAAUAUGGGAAUGCAACAAAUAUCAAGUUAUAUUCUCAUCAAGGGCCUCCGUCCCCGUUUCAAUAUGAUGAAUUGACAGGGCAGACUAGGGCCAAAGGUGUGUGACAACCGUUUUUGGUAAAGCAAGAAAUGAAACAAUUGCUCAUAAAAAAAUUAUAUUAAUACAUAUAUACAGUGUAUACAUAUAUAUACAUAUAUAUGUUAUAGGGUUCUCCCCUAUAAUAUAUUUAUUAGGUAAUAGUGGCGCCACCAUGUAAUGCUUUCCUUUCUGAAACAGUCUUGGAGGAAUCCACUCUGGGUUACAGCA